CUAGGCUAUCAGCUCAUAUCCUUGACUUGCAAGUGAUGUCAAAGCAAAAUAGAAAUCUGGAUGUCGGCCAUGUUGGUGGAUCUACAAAUGUGGGGUCAAACAACAUUCCCUACAAAACAUAGUCACACGUGCGCAACUCUUUGUUUUCCCACUGCUUUAAGCAUUCUUUUAGCUCUGCCAUAUCUUUGUGCUGUAUAUGGUUGUGGUCACAAUAGUACUCGUGACCAUGGCACGUCCCAAUUUUUUAGAAUUCCAUCCGUGAUUUGGAAAGAGGGCGAGGAAACGCUGAGGCUUUGUACAGAGAGAAAACAAGCACGGCUGAACAACAUCGGCAGGGCUGAUCUAACAGAGGCUAAAACCAAAACAGCUCGCGUUUGCAGUCAUCAUUUUAUCCCAGGAACGGCAGCAAAAUUAUAUGAUAGAAACAAUCCAGACUGGGCACCCACUCAGAAAAUGGGCUAUGUUUCGUCCGAGGUCGGACUUGAUUCUACGGCAGCUGAACCAGAUAUCUGGAUACUCGAUGGAAUCGGCUCUUCCGGUUCUUCCCACUGGGAGCUGAUGGGUGAUGCCAUGGUAACCACAGAUCAGGUGCGCCUCACCCCGGAUAUGCAAAGCAAGCAGGGGGCGGUGUGGAGCCGCGUGCCGUGUCACUUGAAAGACUGGGAACUGCAGGUGCACUUUAAGAUCCACGGUCGGGGGAAGAAGAACCUGAACGGAGACGGACUGGCGGUGUGGUACACAAAAGAGCGCACGCAGAAAGGUCCAGUGUUUGGAAAUAAAGAUUUCUUCACAGGGUUAGGUGUGUUCAUCGAUACCUACCCUAAUGAAGAAAAACACAUCGAGGCUCAGAAGAAAAGGUACACUCCUCGCACACAGAGGCUCUUCCCAUACAUAUUAGCGAUGGUGGGGAACGGCACGAUCAGCUACGAUCACGAGCGUGACGGCAGACCCACGGAGCUGGGCGGCUGCAAUGCCAUGGUGCGCAACCUCAAGCACGACACGUUCAUCUUCAUCAGAUACGUCCGGCGCAGACUCACGGUCAUGGUUGAUGUCAACGGGCAACAUGAAUGGAGCGACUGCUUGGACAUCCCGGGUGUGCGGCUACCUCAGGGCUACUACUUCGGCGCCUCGGCCAUCACCGGAGAACUCUCGGACAACCAUGAUCUCAUUUCUCUGAAGCUGUACCAGCUGACAGUACUCCGGAGUAAACUAGAGGAAGACGAUGGUGAAGAGGUCACAGUUCCAAGUGUGGACAAUAUGGAGCUAAUCAGGAACUAUGACGACGAGGAGGGAAUGAGCAACAUUGCUAUCUUCUUCACUGUGCUCUUCUCCAUGCUGGGCCUCUUCCUUCUUAUCGUUGUGGGCCUCGUGAUUUACAGCGACUGGAGUGACAGUCGACGCAAACGCUUCUACUGAACUUCCAGCAGGUUGAAACUGUGACUCGAACUUGUCGAUUGGGCUUGAUGGGUUCCCAAGCUCCAAAACACCCUCAGUGUCAGUGCCCACUGAGCAAAUCGGUUUGAUUUUGUGUACAAGAAAAGGAAGGCUGAAAGAUUCGACCAUGAAAACAAAGGGGUUUUAGACACUAAGAGCAAAGCAAUGUGGGACAGGGGAUUCAACCUCAAACUAGCAGGGCCUUUUAAGUUUUAAAGUGUGUCUCAUAAUAAGAAAUUUGUUUUAAGUGUAAAUAGAAAACUGCCUUAGACUGUGUCUUUUUCCACUACAGCGCCAAUAUUGAUGCGAUUUGAAAUUAUAUUCUGAACUGUUAUUCUGUCGUUUUGCGUUACAUGCCACGUUGAUAGGCAAAACAACACAGACCAAGGAAUUUGCCUUUUUAACCAAUAUUAAUUAAAUCCAUAUGUUGUGAUCAGGGCGGCACGGUGGUGUAGUGGUUAGCGCUGUCGCCUCACAGCAAGAAGGUCCUGGGUUCGAGCCCCGGGGCC